AUGGCUCCUCAGAAACAAAUCGGCACUAAUGUCACAGAGCUCCUGGGUGUCCGUCACCCGGUCCUCUUGGCUGGUAUGUUCAAUGUUGCUUCUCCGAAGCUCGCAGCAGCCGUGACCAACGGCGGAGGUUUCGGAGUGAUCGGGGGUGUCGCAUACACGCCUGAGCUUCUCCGAGAGGCUCUCAAAGAGCUCAAGAGCUACCUGGUAGACAAAAACGCACCGUUUGGAGUCGAUCUUCUCAUCCCCAAGGUUGGCGGAAACGCCCGGAAAACCAAGUACGUCUCCAAGUUCAAGGACUAG